AUGAACAUUCAGACAACAUGUGUGACUGUCAAUGACACCCCUGUCCUUGUCCCCGUCACCCUCCCUCAGGAACAGACAGGCUUACCCUGGAUCGACGCCAUCAUGACCCAGCUGAGGCAGGAGGGCUGGAUCCACCACCUGGCCAGACACGCUGUGGCCUGCUUUCUGACCAGAGGAGACCUGUGGAUCAGCUGGGAGGAGGGCAUGAAGGUAGGGAGGGAGGGGUGGGAGACCUGUGGAUCAACAGGGAGGAGGGCAUCAAGGUAAAGAGAGAUGGAGAAGGGGAGGGAUGGAGGGAGGGAGGGAGAGGUGGAGGAGAGGAGACCUUUGGGUCAGCUGGGGGGAGGGCAUGAAGGUAGGGAGGGAGGCAUGAAGGUAGGGAGGGAGGGAUGGGAAACCUGUGGAUCAACAGGGAGGAGGGCAUCAAGGUACCAAAAACGAGGAAAAGCGGGGCAACAUGGCUGCUGGCUCUAAAAUCUGUCACUUUGCAAGGCGUCUCCAGUUGUUGGUGUACUCCAGUAGAUGACUGUGCUUCUCUCUGCAUCGUCCUGUGCCCUCUGUGUGUGUCAGGUGUUUGAGGGGCACCUGUUGGAUGCAGACUACAGUUUAAAUGCAGGGAACUGGAUGUGGCUGUCUGCCAGUGCCUUCUUCCACCAGUCCACACGCAUCUUCUGCCCUGUACGCCUCGGGUGA